AUGACGGUCACUAUAGUAUUUUCGGCUUUUGAGUUACUGAGUCAUGCAUCUCUGAUAGUUCUAUUAAAAUCUACUUUGAUGCUAAUUGCUGCAUGUUUAAGACUCUUCCUUACUUCAUGGACUGCUGACGAUUUAAAGAAUCAGAGUGAAAAAAUUGCUGACUCUAUAUAUGAAUCUUCAUGGAUUAAUAAAUCUUCUAAAAUACGGAGCUAUUUGUCGAUUGUGAUCAUUCGAAGUCAAAAACCAUUAGUGAUAUCUAACUCAUUCUGUUUGGAAUAUUAUUCGUUUGUAAGUACAAUUAAAAUAGAAGUUCCUGAUCUAAUAACUAGCCCUUGUAUUAGCGAGUGUCUCCGAGCGUCGGGUGAGUUAUUAGAUCCAGGACCUCAAUUAAUUAAACUUCCUCUAAUUAAUAUUCGAUUUCUAAUUAUUAUGUAAUGUUGGUUUUCUUUACAAGUUUUUUGUUUGUUUCAGUUUCUAGCAACAUCAACAAACUAUUUUUUUAGAGCGAGAGCUGUUAUGUCAUAAAAUUAAUUUUUUGUGCUAAAUCUAACUGUAAGAGAAUUGUCAACUAUGAAAUGAUUCGCCAUUCAGAUACCUCAGAUUGUCUUCAUUAUAAAUUCAACUAUUCACGCUGGCGACUUAUUUUAAUUUUUUAAAUUCCAGUAAAACUUAAAUUGCUUGUUUUUUAUACUCACGGUAUCAUUUUUCAUAAAAUCAACCAAAAAUUUCUUAUGUCAACUAUUAUGUAUGUAGUAUCAAAAUUUAUUUCGUACUGAAUAUAAUUCCAAGCGAAUAUUUAAAGCACGAGUCCAGCUAUAAUGUUAUUGUUAAUAAAAAAAAUUCACACUCUAAUGUAUUUUUGAUUAUACUAUUUUCUUCAAAUUAUCCUCGUAUACAAACUGAAAGGUUAUUAAUAUUUUUUCUUAUUAUUACUCCUCCGGGAACAAUUAAGAUAAA